ACGUCACGAAUUAUUUGACAUAAAACGCUUGUGGAACUGUGUAAUUUAACCAAAAAUUCUUUGUCAGUAUUUUAUACUGUAAAUAAUUGCGUUAUCAAACCGCUGAAAUAUGGUCACCUACAAUUGCGGUUGCAAAGAUGUCUCAAUUGCAGAAGGAAUAUUUGGAGAAAUAUUUACUGAAUCUCCAGAGGACCAAAUACGCCGCUACGACAGCGAACAAUAUUACAAGGAAGAAUUAUCGUCGUACAUUAAUAAUAACAAACUGAUACCAGUAAAAUCAUAUACGAUGAUCAACAAAAAUCAUGUGGAAAUUACUGUCAUUUCUUGGGGUGCCACGAUUGUUUCGUUAAAGUACCCUGAUAAGUUUGGACACGUGGUAGAUGUGGUUCUUGGUUUCGAUGAUUUGGAGAGCUAUACGGAUCCCGAAAUUAAUCCAUUUAUUGGAUGUAUAUUGGGUAGAUGUGCAAAUCGCAUAAAAGAUGGCUGUGUUGUUAUUAAAGACAAAAUUUAUCAACUCACGAAAAAUGAUUGUAAUAAACACCAUUUACAUGGAGGUAUAAAAGGUUUUGGCAGACGGUUGUGGGAAUCGUACAUCGACGGAUGCUCGGUUGUCAUGACUUAUUUAAGCAAAGACGGCGAGGAAGGGUAUCCUGGCGCGGUGUUGAGUAUGGUGAGAUUUAAAUUAACACCUGACAACAAGCUGGAAAUAGGUAUCCGAGCAACAACAACGGACUCCACGAUAGUGAACAUCUCACACGGCUCUUUGUUCAACCUUGCUGGCCACGACGCUGGAAAGAAAGAAUUGAUGCAACACAAAAUUGCGUUGAACUGUGAUCGUUGGACAUUCGCAGAUUACACAAAUCCAAUACCAACCGGCGCCAUUCGAGGUGUCGGCGGAACCGUCAUGGAUCUGCGUAUACCGAAGUUUCUUGAAAGUUGCAUCGAAAAAGUUCCACCGGGAGAAGGAUACGAUCAUAACUUCUGCAUUACACCGAAUUGGCACGGAGGUACCACAUACGUUGCUCAAGCCGUGCAUCCAAAAAGCGGUCGCAUUUUGGAGAUUUAUUCUGAUCAGCCUGGUGUGCAGUUUUACACAGGCGGUCGUCUACCGUCAUAUACUACUUCUAAGAAGACUAGCGACAACAAUACCGUUAAAUAUGAUGAAGAAGAAUAUGAAGAAGAAACUCAAAGAGAGCAAGAUGUUACAUCAGAAAACGAAUCGCCGAGAUUUAUUUUGGGAAAACGAGGUGCUCGCUAUGUAAAACAUUGCGCUUUUAGCAUUCAACCACAGAAUUAUCCAAAUGCUAUCAAUCACGUAAGUAAUUCAAAAUAAUAUUACGCUAAUUCAUCGAUUUAUAAGUUUAAUUUCUUUCAGCCACAUUUUCCUUCUUCCAUUCUACGUCCCGGACAAGUUUAUUGUCAUGAUCUAAUUUACA